AUGAGUCUCUUCCAAAGGGGACUCGGUGCCCAAGCAUCGGCGUUUGCGACUCGUCCUCGGCCGAUCAACCCCAGUAUUCGAGCGCCGCUACGACGGGUGCGCCAGCCGCGACGACACAAAUCCUCCGAUGCCCCGACGACGCCCGAGACACCCGCAGAGAGCAAGGUUGGUGGUGAUGGAGUGACAGCGAAUGCGCCUCCAAGAAAUACACCGUCAAAUGCCUCGUCUCCUUCCCCAGCCGGGAUUGUGAAUACCGCAGCCGCAGUGACGGCGGCAGGCGCAGCGACAGCCCCGGGUGCCGCGAAUGCGGUGAUGCGGUCUAGAGGACUGCGCGAGAUCAUACGAGCCGGUCCUCUAGGACAGCUAGGGAGGUGGUACGCGCGCGUGCAGGAGCGAAAGCCGUAUGCGACGCAGAUCUGCAGCUCUAUUGUUGUUUAUUUGUGUGGAGACUUGAGCGCACAGUUGCUGUUUCCGUCGGAGGCACCUCCACCUGCGAAGUCUACGGAGGAAGAUGCCAAGGCACUGGAGAAUGGGGAUGACAAGGAGGUCAGCCGUGGGGGUGGGUAUGAUCCGUGGCGUACAGUGCGACACUUGAUCGUGGGCGCUUCAUCGAGUAUCCCGUCAUAUAAUUGGUUCAUGUUCAUCCACAAUCACUUCAACUUCUCCUCCAGGCUCCUCUCCGUCCUGACAAAAGUCGUCGUCCAACAAAUCUGCUUCACCCCCGUGUUCAACACGUACUUCUUCAGUGUGCACUCCCUCCUCUCAGGCGCAACUCUCGAAGAAACAUGGGAGCGCCUCAAGAAGGCUCUCCCCGUCAGCGUGACCAACAGCGCCAAGCUCUGGCCCGCCGUCACUGCCUUCAGCAUCAUAUACAUCCCGGCGCAGUUCCGGAACGUAUUCGCGGGUGUCAUCGCCGUUGGUUGGCAGACGUACUUGAGCUGGCUGAAUCAGAAGGCUGCUCGUGAGGUGCUGGUGGAAGAGAACGAGGCUAUGAGCGUGCAAGUGAUGGCUGGGAACUUGAUUCCUGCAAAGUCUGCUGCUUAG